GUUAUUGAGAAGUGAAAGACAUGCUAUUGCUGAUGUUCCCGCUAUUUAUUUCGUAGAGCCGACAUCUGAAAACAUUCAGAGGAUCAGUGAGGAUUUGGCCAAGAACCUUUACGAAUCGUAUUAUAUUAAUUUUUUGACUACUAUUACAAGACCAUUAUUAGAAGAAUUGGCUGCUGCUACUAUACCAAAUAACUCUUCAAAUUUGAUCUCUCAGGUCUACGAUCAAUAUUUGAAUUUUAUUGUUUCGGAACCUAAUCUAUUUUCUCUCAAUCAACCCAACAUUUAUUAUUCACUAAAUGAUCCUACUGCUGCGGAAACUGCUAUAGAGAAUGCCAUAGAUCGUACUGUUAGUUCUUUAUUUUCUGUAUUAGUGACUAUGGGUGUUGUACCAAUCAUUCGUUGUCCUCGAGGAAAUGCUGCUGAAAUGAUUGCUCAAAAGCUUGAUAGUCGAUUACGUGAUCAUAUAUUAAAUUCUCGAAAUAAUUUAUUUUCUGAAAGUUCCGCUUCUUUAAACUUUCAAAGGCCCGUAUUAUUAAUUCUAGAUAGAAAUAUUGAUCUAGUUCCAAUGUUAAGUCAUUCUUGGACUUAUCAAGCCUUGAUUCAUGAUGUAUUGGAUAUGCAUUUAAAUAGAAUCGUAAUAGAAACUGAUGAAAUGGGUCGUGUUAUCAAAAAAAGUUAUGACUUAGAUAGUAAAGACUUUUUUUGGGCUAAAAAUGCUUCAAGUCCAUUUCCUCAAGUGGCUGAAGAUAUUGAUGUGGAACUUAAUCGUUAUAAAUUCGAUGCUGCUGAGAUAACAAGACUUAGUGGGGUAAAUUCACUAGAUGAUGUGGAUCAAGUAGAUUUCUCCCAAAAUACUCAACAUUUGAAAUCGGCUAUUACUGCACUACCAGAACUUACUGCUCGAAAACAAACUCUCGAUAUGCAUAUGAACAUCGCUAC